AGUAUAACUUCUACUCCUCCACCAUCUUGGAUCCCUCUCUCCCAAUAAUUGCUCAAUUUGUUUUUGAGACUGUAUGCAACUUUAGAGAGGCCACUGUGAGGGGUUUGUGCAUGAAAUUUUGCUACUUUGUGAAGAAGUAUUGUUAUGGGCUCCGUGAGAUUAUGCAUGACAUGUGUCUGUGGGAUGGUGAUUGUGUAUUGCGUGCAUAAGUGUAUAUAUGUCUGAUUUUUGACGUAUUUUGUGUGCAUAUUUCACAGUGACUAAUUUGAAUGUGGCUCAUUGUGUAAUUGAGAUGGAGUGCUUGAUAAUUGGAUGCAUGAUUAGUUAAAUAUGUAUUGUUUAGAUUAUCUGAAUAUUGGUUAUUUUAUAUGACCCUUGCAAUUAGACAAGUAAAAGAAAUAGAGGUUUUAAAAAUGGAGAUGAUGAGGUAAAACUUUUAAAAUUUCAGAUUAUAGGAUAGUAUAUUGGGAAACCUCAUAUUGACUAAUGACUAAUAUGUUGAAAUUAGUAGAACCCAUAAGUGACACUCAAAAUUUCUAUUGGGGUGAUUUUUUUUUCUGCUGCUGCUGCAUAAAUUACUGGGCAGAUUUAAUAAUUUCUUCAGUCAUUAUGAAAAUAAUUAAAAAUCUAUUGGACAUUUAAACACAAGAUCAAUCCAAUUUUAUAAUAUUAAUUUAACUAAAUAAAAUAUUCAUUGUAUAAAUCAAUACUUCAAACUUAUUUUAAAAGCAGAAAACUCUCCCUUCUGCUGGAAGCCUGCAAGUCUUCUCUAAUUCUCAACCUCUAUUUUGCUCCUGUUUAUUCCCUCUAGGUGGGUAGUCUCCAGCUAAAAUGGAUUGAGAGCUGGAAAAGGGAUGAGAAGUCAGCAGUUAGGGACAGGAAGAGGCUGACAUGGCUGGUAACAUUAUAAUUUAGUGAACCACCACUUUUCCAAAGAGGAACCCAAAGGAAGACUGGGCAUCUCUUGCAAAUCUCAAAACCAUGGCUCAGGGGUCAGUAACAUUUAAAGAUGUGACUGUGGAUUUCACACAGGAGGAAUGGCAGCACCUGGAUCCUGCUCAGAAGACUCUAUACAUGGAUGUGAUGUUGGAAAACUAUUGCCACCUCAUUUCUGUGGGAUGUCACAUGACCAAGCCUGAUGUGAUUCUUAAGUUGGAACAAGGAGAAGAGCCAUGGAUACCACUGACAAGUCACACCUGCUUAGAACAAAACUGGAGUGCCGAAGAUGUUUUAGUGAAAUUUAAGGAAUGUGAAGAUAAGUAUUCUAGAUCAGUUGUACUCAUCAGUCACAAAAAACUGAUUAAGAAGAACAGUAAUGCAUAUGACAGGACAUUUUCUUUAAGCCAAAACCCUAUAUAUUCAAAAAAUCUAAUUCCUGAAUAUAACAGUCAUGGAAAGAUUUUUAAAAAUGUAUCAGAAUUAAUCAUAAGUAAUCUAAAUCCUGCAAGAAAGAGUCAUAAUGAGUAUAAUGGAUAUGAGAAAUCACUCUUCAAUAGUAAACCAGAGACAGCUCACCAUGGAAUCAAAUCCCAUAAUCAACAUGGUAAAGAUAUCAAUCAUAAUGAAGUGCUGGUGCAAUAUCAUAAGAUGGAAACUCCAGUACAGUCAUUUGAAUAUAAUGACUGUGAAAAAUUAUUGCUUAAAAAGGGAGGUUUACUUACACAUCAUAGAGCUUACAGAAAUGAAAAUCCAUCUGAACAUAAUAAAAGGAGAAGAGCAACCAAUAUUGAAAAAAAACAUAUAUGCACUGAAUGUGGGAAGUCCUUCUGCAGAAGGUCAGUAUUGAUUCUGCAUCAGGGAAUUCACACAGAGGAAAAACCUUAUCAAUGCCAUCAAUGUGGAAACUCAUUUAGAAGGAAAUCAUAUCUCAUUGAUCAUCAAAGAACUCACACAGGAGAGAAACCCUUUAUUUGUAAUGAAUGUGGUAAGUCGUUCCGCCUAAAGACAGCUCUCACUGAUCAUCAGAGAACACAUACAGGGGAGAAAUCAUAUGAAUGUUCACAGUGUAGGAAUGCCUUCAGGUUGAAGUCACACCUCAUUCGUCAUCAGAGAACUCAUACAGGAGAGAAACCAUAUGAGUGUAAUGACUGUGGAAAGUCUUUCCGCCAGAAGACAACACUCUCUCUACAUCAGAGAAUUCAUACAGGAGAAAAACCCUAUAUUUGUAUAGAAUGUGGGAAGUCCUUUCACCAGAAGGCAAAUCUUACUGUACAUCAGAGAACUCACACAGGGGAAAAGCCCUAUAUUUGUAAUGAAUGUGGGAAGUCCUUCUCCCAGAAGACAACCCUUGCUCUUCAUGAGAAAACUCAUAAUAAGGAGAAACCCUAUAUUUGUAAUGAAUGCGGUAAGUCUUUCCGCCAGAAGACAACCCUUAUAGCACAUCAGAGAACACAUACUGGGGAAAAAUCUUAUGAAUGUCCUCACUGUGGGAAGGCCUUUAGAAUGAAGUCGUAUCUCAUUGAUCAUCACAGAACUCACACGGGAGAGAAACCAUAUGAAUGUAAUGAAUGUGGAAAAUCCUUCAGUCAAAAGACAAACCUCAAUUUACAUCAGAGAAUUCAUACAGGGGAAAAACCCUAUAUUUGUAAUGAAUGUGGGAAGUCCUUUCGCCAGAAAGCAACCCUCAGUGUACAUCAGAAAAUACAUACAGGUCAGAAAUCCUAUGAGUGUUCUCAGUGUGGGAAAGCCUUUAGCAGGAAGUCAUAUCUCAUUCAUCAUCAAAGAACUCAUACCGGAGAGAAACCAUACAAAUGUAAUGAAUGUGGGAAGUGCUUCCGCCAGAAGACAAAUCUCAUUGUACAUCAGAGAACUCACACAGGGGAGAAACCCUAUAUUUGUAAUGAGUGUGGUAAAUCCUUCAGUUAUAAGAGAAACCUCAUUGUCCAUCAGAGAACUCACAAAGGAGAAAACAUGGAAAGUCAAUAAAUGGUGUGAUUUCUUUGUGAAGCCUUCCUUCCAAAGUUAUUAUAAAACUUUAGUUUUUUUAAAAGCAUGUUAAUAAGGUAAUUUUAAUCACAAAUGUAAUAAUAGUUAAUAAUUUAAAGUACCAUACAGCAUAACUGUUUUACUGUUUAAUAGUAUAAAAAUGGAUAUGAUCAUUAUUACUGAACUCUAUCAGCAGUGAAUCAAAUUUUUUAAUUUUUUAAGUUCUACUGAUUCAGUUUAUUUUUAAAAGACUUAUAUAAUACAUGGAGAGGCAAAAUAAAAUAAUGGUUAUAAACCGUUUCCAUAGGAGAAAUGAAAUAUGAACUAUAUUUCUCAUUGCACCCAGUGAAAUGAAAAGUAGUUGUUACUUCCUCUAAGUUUAUCACUUUCCUGCCUUACAACAUCAUGAAGUAGUUUUUGCAUGCCUUUAUAUAUUUUUAUCCUACAUCAUGAAUUCUUUGUGUCUUUUUUAACUCAACAUUCUGAAAUUCAUACAUUAUUGUAUGGGCAGCAGUGCUUUUAUAUUCACUUUGUAUACUAUUUCAUUUUAAGACUAUACCACUGUUUAUCAUUUUGAUAGUUAUUUGUAUUUUUUGUAAUUUUGUGCUGUAAUGAAGAUACUGCUAUAAAUAACCUUGUAUAUUU